AUGUCUACCGAGGCACGGAUUGAUGCAGACGAGGCCUUGCUGAAAGGUUACUUGCAGCUCCUGGGAGUGGAACGGAAGAAUGCAGGCCCUUCUUACCGGGAGGAGCGGGAGGGGCCGGGGAUGCAUGGGCGGGAGAGGCUGGAGAGAUCUACUUUUGUCGCCGACUCGAACCGUUCUCUUCACUAUGACAGCAGUCUAGGCGGAAGCUCCUUAGUCCUGUAUGCUGCGACUCCUCAUAUUGCUAGCAGGACAUGUGGCUCGGCUCGACCUCCUCCACACCUCCAACCCCUAUGCAACCGCCACGCCCGCAACUCCCAUCUUCUACACAGGACAUGGAUGCGUAAGGCCCGGUUCAUCCCAAGCACCGUUCCAACAUGCACAGAGCCAUCCGCGGUCUCUGGCUGGCUCGCACCUGUUGAUUCAAGUUUCACAAGAAGCGUCGGGUCAGGUGUUCGGUGCAUGAAGCGUGAGAAAUUCUCCAACACGUCACAGCGGCAUGGUUAGCUUCUUGCAACAUACUCGCAGAUGCUGGGUUCAGUGUGUCCCCGGUUCAGAAAUGUCGUUGACGUGCAGGGGUUGAGAGCUUUGCUGUUACGCCAUGUUUGCUGGAGAUUGUUCGGGUGUAGCUGGGUAGUUUGCCGCAGGCCUGCUCCAGUGAAGUUGGCUUCUGGACUAUGAUAUUGGUUGGUUCAUUGCGGGACAGAUAUCCUUGCAGGUAGCCCUGGUUUAGUUUGACAGGAGGUGCUAAUCUCGGAAGGCGAAUGUGGAGGUAGAGAG